GUCAAAUAGGGGAUCAGAUAUGCUUCAAAGGCAAUCACCUCGAGUCCCGUCGCAACUCAGAACAUCAAAUUCUGAUUCUGAUCAGAGAAGUCCUAAGUUAGGAGAUCGUAAAUCCCCACGAGGCGCUCAAUCUGAUCCAGUAAAACAAAAGAAACUUGGUACAAGAAUUGCAGAUUUGGAUACUCAACUUGGGCAAGCACAAGAAGAGCUGAAAGAUCUUAAGGAUCAUUUAGCUUCAGUUGAAGCAGCAAAGAAAGCAGUUCAAGAACAGCUUGAGAAAACCAAGAAAUCAACUGUCCUAGAGCCUGAGGAAAUCCAAGAAUCUAAGAGCAAAUUAAAAAUUCAAGAAAUUGAUGUUUUUGAAGUCCCAUAUGUUGAAAAUAGCCAGCCAACAAAUGAAAAAAUCACAACUUUAUCAGUUGCUGAACCUGAUAAACCAUCACCUGAGGAGCUGGCUUUGAAGAAUGAAGAAAUAAGCUUGCUGAAAGACAAGUUAGCAGUGAAAGAUCAAGAAUUCCAAGCAUUUUCCCAAGAAAAUGAAAACCUGAAGAAGGAACUGAAUGAAACGACUCAGGAAAUUUUAUCCACUAAGGCGAAAACAGAGGAAAUGAAUCUCAAGUUUAACCAAAUUACUCAAGAACUGGAAACAACUAAGAACGAUGCUUCUACACUAAAUGAGAAACUUGAAGCCACCGAAAAGGCAAAGGAGGAAUUAGAAAGUGAGAUGAAGAAAUUCAGAGUCCAAACAGAACAAUGGAAGAAAGCUGCAGAUGCUGCUGCAGCUGUGCUAGCUGGGGAAGUGGAGUUGAAUGAGAGAAGGCUCUCUGAGAGGAGUGGAUCAAUGGAUUAUAAGCGCUAUGGUAAUGUAUUUGAACCAACAGUUGGAGGAUAUGGUUGUUAUAUGGGUUCACCAGGACUUAUCGAUGACUCUGAUGAUGGUUUUGGUCGUGUGAAGAGAAAGGGUUCUGGUAUUAAGAAGCUUGGAGACCUGUGGAGAAAGAAGGGACAGAAAUAAGCGAUUUCUUAACACUUACAAAGACUUAUGUCAGUAAUGGUGGCUCACCAUUUCAAUUUUCUUGGCUAACUUUUUGAAUCUUCUUCAUGACAUCUAACCAAAUAUAAUAUGCUGCAUUUAGAUUUCUAGGUUAGUUUUUCUUGUAUCCUAGUCUAGCUUGAUGCAAGAGAGUAAAGACCUGUCAUUUAGGAGUAAUUGGAUCCAAAAUCUGAUAUGUUGAUGCUUAGUAGCUUCUGUUGGAAACUAUUCUUGA